AUAUAUAUAGCGAACGAAAUUGCCAUCUGUACCUGUGUAUUUCUAUUUUAUUUUCGAACGUUGCUUGGAAAACCAAAGGGCAAUUCUCUUCCGUGUUUGUCGCCGAAUAUGAGUAGUUUGGUUGAGAGGCUCCGUGUUAGAUCGGAUCGGAAACCUAUUUACAAUCUGGAUGACUCAGAAGAUGAUUCUGAUGUUGCACAAGGAAAAUCAAAAAAUGCAAAGACACAUGAAAAGUUAGUCAGAGCUGAUGUGAAAGUAGAUUUAUGCCAAUCUUGUGAUGGAGAGGGAGAUCUUUUGGUUUGCGAAAGUUGCACUUAUGCGUACCACCCCAAAUGUUUGAUUCCUCCACUGAAAGCUCCUUUUCCUAGCGGCUGGAGGUGCCCUGAGUGUGUCAGCCCCUUAAAUGAUAUUGACAAGAUAUUGGAUUGUGAAAUGCGACCAGCUGCUGCUGCUGAUAGUGAUGCUGCUGAUCUUGGGUCGAAGCAAAUAUUGGUAAAGCAGUAUCUCGUGAAGUGGAAAGGAUUAUCUUACCUUCACUGUACAUGGGUACCAGAAAAGGAUUUUCUAAAAGCUUUCAAGGCCAAUCCUCGUUUAAGAGUCAAACUUAACAACUUUCAGCGUCAAAUGUCAUCUACUAGUUCUGAGGACGAGUUUGUUGCUAUUAGACCAGAAUGGACUACAGUUGAUCGGAUUGUUGCCCGCAGAGGUGCUGAUGAUGAUAAGGAGUACCUAGUGAAAUGGAAGGAACUUUCUUAUGAUGAAUGUUCAUGGGAAUUUCAGUCGGACAUUUCCUCAUUUCAGUCAGAAAUUGAUAAAUUCAAUAAGAUAAGGUCUAGAUAUGGGAAGGAAACAUUGAAAAAGACGAAGAGCAGCCGUGAUACAACACUUAGAGGAAAACAGAAAGAGUUUCAGCAGUAUGAAAAAAGUCCUGAAUUUCUAUCUGGUGGUUCCCUGCAUCCAUAUCAGCUUGAAGGAUUAAACUUUUUACGGUUCUCUUACUACAAGCAAACACAUGUGAUACUAGCAGAUGAAAUGGGCCUUGGAAAAACGAUACAAAGUAUAGCUUUCUUAGCUUCUCUUUUUAAAGAAAAUAUAUCUCCGCAUCUAGUAGUGGCUCCACUCUCUACACUGCGGAACUGGGAACGUGAGUUUGCCACAUGGGCUCCUCAAAUGAACGUUGUCAUGUAUGUUGGUUCUGCACAAGCUCGCAGUGUUAUUCGGGAGUAUGAGUUUUACUUCCCCAAAAAGCUUAUAAAGAACAAGAAAAAGAAGCCAAGUCAAUCUUCAGCUGAAAGUAAGCAAGCAAGGAUAAAAUUUGAUGUACUUUUAACAUCAUACGAAAUGAUCAACCUAGACAGCGCGUCACUAAAACCAAUAAAGUGGGAAUGCAUGAUCGUUGAUGAAGGUCACCGACUAAAGAACAAGGACUCAAAGUUGUUUCUUUCGUUGAAGCAAUACUCUACUAGACAUCGCACUCUUUUGACGGGAACUCCUCUCCAGAACAAUUUGGAUGAACUUUUUAUGCUUAUGCAUUUCCUUGAUGCUGGAAAGUUUGGAAGUCUAGAAGAGUUCCAAGAGGAGUUCAAGGAUAUUAAUCAAGAAGAGCAGAUAUCAAGGCUUCACAAGAUGCUGGCACCACAUCUGCUUAGAAGAGUGAAGAAAGAUGUUAUGAAGGAUUUACCCCCUAAAAGGGAACUCAUAUUGCGUGUUGAUUUGAGUAGCAAACAGAAGGAAUAUUACAAGGCAAUUUUGACGCGAAAUUAUCAGCUAUUGACUCGUCGGGGUGGAGCCCAGAUCUCCUUGAUUAAUGUGGUAAUGGAACUGCGGAAGCUUUGUUGUCAUGCUUUCAUGUUAGAGGGAGUUGAGCCGCAAGAAUCAUCUGAAUUUAACAAACAGCUGCUUGAAUGCUCUGGAAAAUUACAUCUUAUGGACAAGAUGAUGGUGAAAUUAAGAGAACAAGGACAUAGGGUCUUAAUAUAUACACAGUUUCAGCAUAUGCUGGAUUUACUUGAAGACUAUUGUAGUUAUAAGAAUUGGCAAUAUGAAAGAAUUGAUGGAUCUGUUGCCGGAGCUGAGAGGCAAAUUCGAAUUGAUAGGUUCAAUGCUAAAAAUUCUUCCCGAUUUUGUUUUCUUCUGUCUACCAGAGCUGGGGGUUUGGGCAUAAACCUGGCAACUGCUGAUACGGUCAUAAUAUAUGACAGUGAUUGGAAUCCUCAUGCUGAUUUACAAGCGAUGGCUAGAGCUCAUAGACUUGGGCAGACAAACAAGGUGAUGAUUUUUAGGCUCAUAACUAGAGGAACAAUUGAAGAAAGGAUGAUGCAACUGACUAAGAAAAAAAUGGUUUUAGAGCAUCUAGUUGUCGGCAAGCUCAAGACAAAAAAUAUUAACCAGGAAGAAUUGGACGACAUAAUAAAGUAUGGGUCGAAGGAAUUGUUUGCUGACGAGAAUGAUGAGGCUGGAAAAUCCAGACAAAUUCAUUAUGAUGAUGCUGCGAUUGAUAGAUUAUUAGAUCGUGAUCAAGUUGUUGAUGAAGAGGACAACAUGGAUGAAGAAGAAGAUGGAUUUUUGAAGGCCUUUAAGGUAGCAAAUUUUGAGUACAUAGAUGAGGCCGAAGCCAAAGUGAAAGAGGAAGCUCAAAUUCUUGAUGCAGAUAUUAAAGCUACUGUUAACAAUUCUGAAAGAGAAAAUUAUUGGGAGGAGUUGUUAAAAGAUAGAUUUGAAGAGCACAAAGUUGAGGAGUUUAAUGCCAUGGGAAAGGGGAAGAGAAGCCGCAAGCAGAUGGUCUCUGUUGAUGACGAUGAUCUUGCUGGCUUGGAAGAUAUAAGUUCCAAUGGGGAAGAUGAUAACUAUGAAGCUGAACAUACUGAUGAUGGAACAGAUAGUGAGAUGGUUGAAGCAGAAGCUAGGCCUUCAAAGAAAAAGAAAUCCCGGGUUGAUAGUGGACCUCCUCCUCUGAUGGAAGGAGAAGGAAAAUCUUUCAGAGUCCUUGGAUUUAGUGCAGCUCAAAGGGCCGCAUUUGUUCAAAUUCUUAUGAGAUUUGGGGCUGGGGAAUAUGAUUGGGCAGAGUUUACACCACGUCUGAAGCAGAAGACUUUUGAAGAAGUUCAGGCUUAUGGAAGACUUUUCUUAGCUCACAUAGCAGAGGAUAUUAACAACUCUCCUACAUUUUCUGAUGGCGUGCCAAAAGAAGGGUUAAGGAUACAAGAUGUCCUUGUAAGGAUCGCAAUCUUAAGCCUUAUGAAAGAUAAAAUAAAGCGUUCAACAGGACUUCAUGGAGCAUCUCUUUUUAGUGAAGAUAUCGUACGUCAGUGUCCAGGGUUGAGAUGUGGAAGAUUUUGGAAGGAAGAGCAUGACCUCUUACUUCUCCGUGCAGUACUAAAGCAUGGUUAUGGAAGAUGGCAAGCUAUUGUUGAUGACAAGGAAGUGAGAGUUCAGGAGCUUAUAUGUCAUGAGUUGAAUAUACCCUACGUAAGUCUUCCUGUUUUCGGAGCUCAAGCACAAGUUCCUGAAGUCAGGGCUCAGGAACAAGGUGUUAGCAUUGAAGGUUCUCAAGCACAAGGCACAAAUAUUUCUACCCUCGAAACGAUGGCUUAUGAUUCAAAGAUGCAAGUGGGUGGGAAUGGUUUAGGAACUAAUGCUACAAAGGAAACUAUCACCAAUCGCACACAAGUCUUUCAGGACUCUUCUCUUCUGUCUAAUUUUCGAGAAAUGCAGCGAAAAAAUGUUGAGUUUAUCAAGAAGCGGGUGCAGCUUUUGGAGAGAGCACUAAGUGCAGAAUAUCAGAAAGAAGUUUAUGCUGAUGAAAAUACUAGUGAGGUUCCUGCUGGAGACAUGGAGACUGAAUCCGUGGUAGCCGACAUAACAGAUCCAAAUGUCAAGGAAGACAUGGCAGAUGCAAAUGUCAAGGAGGAUAUAGCAGAUCCAAAUGUCAAGGAGAAUAAUUCUGACUUGUAUGAAUGUUUGCCUCGUCUAGACGUGAUCUCUCCAGAAGAAAUAGCAGCAGCUGCUUGUGAUGAUAAUAAACAGCGUAUGGAUAUGGCUCAACUUUAUAACAAGAUGUGCAGUGUACUGGAUCAUAGUGUCCACGAUUGUGUCAAAGCACAUUUGACAAGUAAACCUGUUGGUCCUGAGUUGAGACAAAACCUUCUUCCAUUAGAGUCAAUUUACCAAAGCAUCUGCCAAAAUCUGCGUUCUGGGCAGCAGAGUAUAUCUGGUGCAGAAUCGGCGACUUUGGAAAGAGAUAAUCUAUCAUCUGUUGAAGGACACAUAUCUUCAUCACCUCAAGCAAAUGAGCAUGAUCAUAGAGCUGGGAUAGAAACAGAGGCCAAGGUUACUGCAGAAGUUCAGCCAAUAACCGAAUCAGUAGAAGAAAAGACCAGUCCUGUAUGUGACAUCCAGACUACUGACUUUUGUUCACUUGAAAGAAAACCUGCUUCAACUAGUGGCACUGGAGGUAAUGUUGAGAUGGAAGAGGCAGAGCAUACAGUUGAUUCUGGUAACGCAGCAUCUGGGAGUAGUGAGAAAAAAGGCCCCCCUGUUAUAUAUCUGGAUGAUUGAAUCAGUACAAAGAUCUAUUUUUGAAAUUUCUGAGGAGAAAAAAAAAUCUAGGUUAUCCAUGUAGCUGCUAGAUUGAAAUGGAGUCAGUUGCAAUAGCCUAGGUGUCCAAAUGUUGUUUUCUAUAUAACAUGAACUCAUGAAGCACCCCCCACAGCGGGUCAAUGACAACUAUUCUGGACGGCCUAAAAUAGAGAACAUUUAGUUUUGCAAAACACUAUAUAUUUUAUUUGCCGUGCAA